AUGUCAAAUCCCGAUAAUGAGAGCUCACAGUCCCGUGCAGCUGGAAGGGUCUUAGAAGAGCUUGGUCUUGUAUCGCUAUACAAUUCCACACGCGACAUCAAGAUCCUCUGCAUCCAACGAUUCAUUCGUCUCUUUGCCUAUGGCGCAUCUACACUUGUUCUCGUCGCAUUCUUGAGAGAACUCGAUGUGUCCACCACUCGUGUCGGAUUGUUCAUGACCCUGACGCUGGCUGGCGACAUCGUCAUCAGUUUCAUCCUUGCCCUGUUUGCAGAUGGUAUUGGUAGACGCGCCGUUCUGGCUUUGGGUGCGAUCUUGAUGACUGCUAGUGGAAUUGUCUUUGCGACUUCAAGCAACUAUUGGAUAUUGUUGGCGGCUGCAAUUUUGGGCGUUAUCAGUCCUGGUGGCAACGAAAUUGGUCCCUUCCGUGGUGUCGAAGAGAGUAUCGUCGCUCAUCUAACCGACCCAGCCAAGCGAGGCGACGUCUAUGCUUGGUACAGCCUAUGUGGUACCGCCGGUGGUGCAUUCGGAUUGUUGUCCUCUGGUUGGGCUAUUCAUUACAUGCGUGUCAACCUCGGCAUGGACGUCGUUGACAUCUAUCGCAACGUCUUCUACGGCUAUUCCGCCGCCGGCAUCCUAAAGCUCAUCUCAGCUAUUAUCUUGAGUUCUGCAGUAGAGGCUCAGGAUGAAGCGGAGCAACCAACAUCGGCUUCGGAUACAGACGAACAGGCUCCUCUGCUUGCUCAGCCCAGCCAAGGACAAGCUCCUACCCAAGCGCCCCCGAAGAAACAGCUACGAGCCAAGAUAUCUCGAGAAAGCAUUCCAGUUGUCGUUACCUUGUGCACCCUUUUCGCUCUGGAUAGCUUCGCAUCUGGGCUUGCUCCUCUGUCAUGGAUCACAUUCUACUUCAAGUCACAAUAUCACAUCGAAGAAGGACAGUUGGGUUCAAUCUUCUUCACCACUAGCAUCAUUGCAGCAUGCUCAGUUCUGGUGGCAUCAUCUCUCGCCAAGCGCUUCGGAAACGUUCGAACAAUGGUCUUCACCCAUAUCCCAUCAGCUAUUUGUCUCGCAUUAAUCCCCAUCCCCAACGAAGUUCAUAUCUCGGUCCUCUUCCUGAUUCUUCGCUCCUGCACUCAAUCAAUGGACGUUGCACCUCGCUCAGCAUUCCUCGCUGCUAUCAUCCUUCCGAACGAAAGGACUGUCGUGAUCGGUCUUAUGAAUGUGGCCAAAACUACUGCACAGAGCUUAGGCCCACUGAUUACAGGCCUUUUGGCAGAUUCCGACUACUUCUGGGUGGCGUUCAUCAUGGCUGGAUCGUUGAAGGUGUGCUAUGAUCUGGGAUUCCUUGCUCUGUUCAAGCACCGUGAACAUGCAGCGGCGAGAGCAAGCAACCAGCAAGAGUAG